AUGACCCACCAAACCCACUCAUACCACAUAGUAAACCCAAGCCCUUGACCCCUAACCGGGGCCCUAUCUGCCCUCCUAAUAACAUCGGGCCUAGCAAUAUGAUUCCACUUCAACUCUACAACACUACUCCUCCUAGGACUAACAACAAACCUCUUAACAAUAUAUCAAUGAUGACGUGACAUUGUACGAGAAAGCACCUUUCAAGGCCACCACACACCCACAGUCCAAAAAGGACUACGAUACGGCAUAAUCCUGUUCAUUGUCUCAGAAGUAUUUUUCUUCGCUGGCUUCUUCUGAGCAUUCUACCACUCAAGCCUAGCACCUACCCCCGAACUAGGAGGAUGCUGACCCCCCACAGGCAUCAACCCGCUAAACCCGCUGGAAGUACCUCUACUCAACACAUCCGUUCUUUUAGCCUCAGGAGUAUCAAUUACAUGGGCACACCAUAGCUUAAUAGAAGGCAGCCGAAACCACAUAAUCCAGGCCCUGCUCAUCACAAUUCUCCUAGGCAUUUACUUCACACUACUGCAGGUCUCAGAAUAUUACGAAGCACCCUUCACAAUCUCCGACGGCGUGUACGGCUCUACCUUCUUUGUGGCAACUGGAUUCCACGGCCUACACGUCAUCAUCGGCACCUCCUUCCUAACUGUGUGCCUACUACGACAACUAAAAUACCACUUUACAUCAAACCACCACUUCGGAUUCGAAGCUGCCGCCUGAUACUGACACUUCGUAGAUGUAGUGUGACUGUUCCUGUAUGUCUCCAUUUACUGAUGAGGUUCCU